AUGUCGGACCCGCUGAUAUACCAUGUCGGAUGGAUCUGCGCCAUCCCUACAGAAUUCGAAGCAGCUCUUGCCUUCCUUGAUGAAACACACGAACUUCCCAGUACGAUCUCUCAAAACGACCAUGGCUACGCAUUGGGCAGAGUGGGCAUACAUAAUGUCGCUAUUGCCGUACUGUCCAAUGGUAAGUACGGUCUGGCAUCAGCUGCGGUCGUCGCGGGGGACAUGUUGCAUCACUUUCCCAACAUCCGGCUCAGCUUGAUGGUCGGCAUUGCAGGCGGUGCGCCAAGUCUGAAGCAUGACAUCCGUCUCGGCGACGUUGUCGUCGGUAGUCUGCGCAGUGGAAGAGGAGGGUUCGUUCAGUAUGACUUACGCAUGGCAACGCUGGCACAGAGCUUUGUUCAGACAGGUUUCAUAGAUCAGCUGCCAAAAGCACUCGACAUGGCGGUCAGUGAACUCGAAGCUACGAACAUGAUCGAAGGUCAUCUGCUUGACGGCAACAUCAAAGAGAGUCUGGAGAGGUCCCCGCAGCUCCAGAAAAAGUACUCACGCCCGCCUUCAAGCACCGACAAGCUAUACAAAUCGCACAUCAUUCACGCCGAGAAAUCAGGCGAGUCCUGCGGCGAAGCGUGUGGAAAUGGUCCAUCACAUCUGGAGCUGCGCCAUGGACAAGGGAGAUACGGGGACAGUCCAGUGAUUCACUACGGGCUAAUCGGCUCUUCGAGCCAGCUUAUGAGAGAUGCACGUACACGGGACCGGCUUGCGGCAGACGAGGACAUAUUAUGUUUUGAGAUGGGAGCAGCUGGUCUCAUGAAUGACUUCCCGUGUUUAGUCAUUCGUGGAAUAUGCGACUACGCCGACUCCCACAAGUCCAAGGAGUGGCAGGGUUACGCUGCCAUGGCGGCUGCUGCAUAUGCGAGCGACCUUCUUCGCCAAAUCCCGCUAAGCAACAUGGAGGCGGAAAGGAUAAUCACAGACGUUCUGUAUGACAGUAGGUGA